GAACAGCCACAACCAAGGAGACGAAGGUCUGAGCCUGGAUGGCCACACAAUUUGCACAUUCGAUGACCAGAAUUCAUUUUCUCACUCAGCAGACGGUGUUCUAGUAGAUUUUGUUGUAUCCUCGUUUUUUCUACUUCUAAUGAACCCGCAUCAUGUUAUCUCCCCGAACUGAUUUGAUUGGUGGCUUCUUCAUCCAGUGCUUGCCAAUAGUCAGAAAUGAUACUUCGACGAUGAUGGCAAGAACAACCCUCUAAAAUGACAGAACACGAAGCCCUCCGAAGGUGGCCAUGGAACGACAGAAUGUAUUUCCCUGUGUUACCAUUUUGGAUAUUGCCAUUCCGUUGAAUUGAGAUGAAAAAUUGAAAGUUGAUCACAGAACUCUUAGAGAAUGAGAAGAGUUUUUUAUUUUUAAGAUUGGAUACUUGUAGUAAGAUCGGAAGUUUGUUCACCGAAGAAAAAUAUUGGCUGUUCUUAUUUUCAGAGCAGGUGUUCUCCUAGACCAAAGUAAUUCUUGUGCAACUCCUUAGUUUCGAUGUGAGUUUAUACAAAACUUUUAACAUAUCCAUAAUCAUUAUUUUCAUGCAGUUUUGGUUUCGGGGUGCUAAAAUUUCGGAAUAGAAUAAUAGCUUUCAUUUCUGACCAAUGAAUGAGGGCGAACAAUAUGCGAAGGUGUGCGUCAUAUAAGAAAUUCCGUGGAUCAUUGCGAACAGCAAGUGUUGGCAAUAAAUGCAAAGGGUUAUAAAGGUAUUCUUCUAGGGUAGGGGAAGAAGUAUGACAUUAUCUAUAAAAGUUAGGGAAGCAGGUUGGCUACGGACAUUUUUCGUCGCAAGGGACAGCCCCGCGGUUAUACUCUCCAGAGUGUAUCAGGUACAAUACAGUAUCAUCAUCUACAAACCUUCCGCCAGGUACGUACGGUACGUACGUACCUUACGUCAGGUGUGAUCCCUGUCUUACGUAGGAUACAGCAGUGGUUUUUCUUCAUGGGAAAGGACGGACGACGCUGAAGAACUCCUGAGCCUACCGUACCGUUCUUACGAAAAGAGAUUCUCAAGAGUCAAGAGCAGAGGGGGCGGACUUCCACUAUCUGGGUAUUUUAUUUACCGAAACUAGGAGACGAUUGAAAGAAUCUGCGAGAUAUGUGACUGGGGAAUCGUGGAUUGUUGACAUGAAGUGAUAAAUAAUUUUUCCGCAAGAAUGAGUACGUACCGUAAGUACAAUACGAGUACAAACGAGUACGAUACCGGCCGGUAGUAGGAACACGAGUACCUUACCCUGGCGACGUGAGCUAACUGAUCAUGUCGAAGUCAACAUGCAACGAAGAAAAAUUUUCCUGACAAAUGCGAAAUGUCAGCUCAUUCACUAUGGCAGACCAAUCUAUGGCCACUAUAUUUUCUGUUGCAGCAGCGACAUCUUCUUCUUCCCUCGAAUGUACAACCGGAUUGUCACUUCUUGAAUCUAUGGUGUCGUAUCUUCGAAAGGAGGCUGUCCUUGCUGAUGAAAAGGCCAAACGGUUGAGAAAACAAGCAGCCGAGAUAGCAAAAGAGUUUGGAAUCACGGAUGAGUCGCAGAAAUUAUACGGUGAGCAUACAUUGUAGUUUUUUCGGAAAAUGAGAUCGACCCUGAAGCUCAACAGAAAUUCGUUCACGAAGGCGUUGAAGUAACGACUGAUAUCGAUUUUUUUUAACCGAUCAAAUGCAACACUUAUUUACGAUGACGAAUAAUGAUGGAAUAUAAUGUCAGAAAUGGAUCCAGCCGAACUGCCCCCCUUGGAUGAAAAAGGAAUGCCAAAGUACAAGGGAAAAAAACGUGGCCCCAAGCCGAAAGCUAGAAAGCGUAAGGUGAAAGCGGGCCGGCAAAAGCGAAAGCAUACGGGGUACACACUUUUCAUGCAAGAAACCUAUCCAAAAGCCAAAAUAGAGAACCCAGACCUUCCCCCAAAGGCACUGAUCAGCAUAAUGGCGAAGCUAUGGAGGAACCUGGCUGCAGGGGGCAAAAGAGAAUGGAAAGAACGGGCAGAGACUGUGAAUAGUGACGACACCAAAGAUGACAGCGACUGGCUUUGUUCGGUUCAAACCUUUUAGUGAAGAGUGCAUAUAGCGCGAUAUUGCAGUAAAAAGAAAAAGAAACUUGAAAUAAUUGUUGAUUUCAUGAACAAGCUCAUUAAAUGUAAUACUCUCUUACGUUCAACCGAAUCCAUAAUUAAGACCGACCAUGUUCCCGUUUUGGCCGAUCGAUACAAUCCUCGAACACUGAACACCGUAUGAUCAGGAAAGACCCUAUCACGUGCAUAUUUUCCGCUUUCGCAAACGCGUCGAAGUCCGUCGUAUAUUAGAAUUCCUUUGAAGCUCUGCCACCUCAUGAGCCAACAGAGGUAGAGUCUCUUCGGCUGGUCCUCGAAUAUUGUAUGCAUCCAAAAUGCUAGUUG